GCCACCCCACCCGACGCGAUGCGGGUUGGAGUUGGGCAUAUGAUUCGCCGCCGUCCCAAUCCCCUCCUCCCCAUCGUCUAAACCCUCGCGCUCGCAAGCCCAAAACCCCACCGAUGGCCGCCGUCGCGCAAAUGCCGGUCGAGCCUGCGCCGGUUGUCGCGGACGCGGUCGACGAGCAGCUGCCGGUUGCCGCGGAAGCCGUCGUCGACGAGCCGCUGGCGGAUGCCGGGGACGCCGUCGGCACGCCGCCGCCAGCGGCCGCGGACGGCGCGGAGGCCGCCGCCGCCGCGAUGCCGGUCGUUCAUCCUCCGCCGGCGCCGGCGGAGCAGAAGAUUCAGUAUGUGAAGGAUGGUGGAGAAGAUGCUUUGCCAACUGAAAUCCUGAAGGUUAUUGAAAGCAUUGAGGUUCCGCUCCCUUCUCUUGCUGGUGACCAGAACCCAUGUGACAUGGUCACUGAUGUGAAGGAAAAUGAAACUAAAAAUUGUUCGUUGGCAUUACCUUCAAUUGAUAGUGAAUCCUAUCCUACAAAGCAACUAGAGGAGACAGUUCAGCCUUUGGGGUAUUUACAGCAGGAAGCCAUGGUUGCUUCUGACAACAAUAGCAAUGAAAGUGAGAAACAAGUACCAACACAACUAUGUCCUUCAAGCCAACAACAAAUACCUAUGUUGGGCUGUGCUGGAAAUGAAGAAAAUCAAGAUGUUUCACCUAUGAGGUCCAGUAUGGUUUUAAUAGACAACCGCCCACCGUCAUAUACUGACAUUUCGGACAUUGACGAUCUUUCUAGCGAUUCCCCUACAAGGAACUCUAAUGAUGAUGAUAGUGAUCACAAUGAUGAUUUUUACCAUUAUGAUCCAAUGUGUCGUUACUGGUACCAUGACCGUUAUCGACUUAUACAUAGAAGACAGAGAAGAAACUUGGGAUAUUCGUGUUUUUGUAAUGCUAGAAGAAACCGUUGGCUUGGUGACUACCCAUGUAUCCCUGAUUUAAUAAAUCCAUGCAAUCCUAUGGCUUCUCGUGAUACUGAGCCUUGGAGACGUUGGUCCCCUCCUGAACCAGACCAUGGAAAGAAAAGAUACAAUGUGGAUUCUGUUCAUACUGGACUUAUGAGUCGUUGGUCCUCUACAGAACCAUAUUGCGAGAAAAAAAGAUACAGUGUGGGUGCUGGGCUAUCCAACCCUAAUUGGUGGACAUGUUUUCUUAAUUGCAUCCUCCAAUGUAUGGUUCAUACCGUUCCCCUUGUAUUGAAGCUCCGGAAAGCUGAUCACCCAGAUCCAUGUCCUCGUGCUUCUGUUGGAUUCUGCUGUUUUUGCACUCUGAAACUGCAUGCUGAUGAAUCUAUCAGGCUUUCUGGAAGUGCAUUCUACCCUGAGAGUUUUGUAAAUCACUUGAAAUCAAUUUCGUCAAAUUUUGAGAGUGGAGUACAGCAAGAUGCGCAGGAGUUCUUCUGCGACUUACUUGAAAAAUUGGAUAAGGCGUCCGUCACUCCCAGGUCCUCAUUAGACGAACCCUCUUCAACUGAAGAAGGGGGCAUUGCAAAAGAAAUAUUUGGAGGCCGCCUAAAAAGCCAGCUGCGUUGCCCAGAGUGCAACCGUUGCUCAGAUAAAUCCGAACCUUUUCUGGAUCUUAGCUUGGAAGUUAACAUGGUGGAGAGUCUGAUGGAUGCAUUGCGAUCUUUUACAAAAGUUGAGUUGAUUGAAGACUUCAUGUGUGAUGGAUGCAAAUCUCGUGUGAACAUGGAAAAACAGUUCAAGGUAGAGCAGGCGCCUGAAGUUCUUGUAAUCCAUCUAAAGAGGUUCACUAAUUCCGGGGGUAAGAUUUUGGACAAGGUCAAGUACCCGUUAGAGCUGGAUAUAAACUCCUUCAUGAGCUCCUCGGAUGAUACACCACAAAAGUAUGAUCUAUAUGGAGUUGUAGUACACCAUGGUAUAUAUGGCAGGGGUCACUAUGUUUGUUAUAUCCGGUCAUCCGUAGACGAUUGGUAUGAAUUCAAUGAUGAUAAGAUAUGCAGAUAUUCUGAGGAUAGCGUUUUGGACAGUGCAGCAUAUCUUCUUUUCUAUGUGAAGCAAGGUUCAUCCCCCUGGUUCUCCACCUUGCUUGAGAAAGAAGACGAUUUUCCAAAGGAUGAUUCAGUAAGUUUGGCAGAACAAGGUACCAGUGAAAUUGCUCCCGUCAAAAACAAAUUUGAGGAGUCGACAUGUUCUCGUGGGCAAGAUAAUUCAGGUUACUGCUUGGUUGGACCAGCAGAGGAGAAUGGAAACAGGCCUGGUUUGCCGGACUUCUCCCAGGACAUACAAUGUAAUGGAAAUGGUGAUGCCUUGUCAGAUGCAUCAGAUAAGAUGGCAGAAGGUUGUUGCUUGGGUGGAAUGUCAGGAGGAACACCAGAACUUACCUGCCUUACUGAAUCAGACGAUAAGAAUGGCCAUGCUGGUGGGUUUGUGGAGCCUUGGGAGAAGGAAGAUGUCAGCCCAAUCGGAUCACUGGACACGGAUGAAAUGAACCCAAGCACACAUGGAUCUUCAGAAGUUGAUCCUGCAGUCACACAGGGAGGUUCACCACCAAAGAGUGAGAACAUCUGCAGCUUACUCCAACUGUCACAUAAAUGUGACGAUAACUGCCAUUGCAUGAAUUUCUCACAGGAAGAUGAAACCGGGGGUUGUUCUGGAACACCAUCUAUGGGGAUGUGCACAUCAGAGAAUGAAACAUUAGACUUCAAGUCCAACCAUGAAUUUGGGGACAGCCAGGCUGCUGGGAAGAAGGCAGCGGAGCGUGUGUGAGUGAAGGCAGCGGAGCGUGUGUGAGUGAGAAGCGGAAGAGGAGGCCCUCCGCGGAUACAGAUGGUGGUGGUGGCCGGGAAUCGAAGAAGCCCCUCACCAUAGGAAACUGCAGUUAACGGGGCUCGGGCGCCGUAGCCGUAGGUAGAGUACUCUAAUAGACAUACAAAACCUACAAAACCGAAAUUGUGUUUUGGCACUUGCUUACGGGGACAGUGUCGCGCCUACAGUGUGGCAAGCACGUUAUUUAGCAUCUUUGGAAUUGGAAUCACUACUUAGAUCGCCCCAUCGGCUUCGACGCGUACAUUGUGACUACUAGCGGAGAUGUAAUUUUGCGUCGCGUCUUUCCUUUCCUUUUAUGACGCAUCAUCGCUUUUUAACGGA